UAUAACUCAUAACUUUGUGGGUAGCUUCCAUGUGAAGAUAAAAAGGAGCAGAAACAAGGAAGAGAAACACCAAUACCCAUGGAAAAGAUGGAAAAGAGCAGAUCAUUUCCAGAAUAUUCAUCAUCUUCACACACAAAAACAAAUGGUUCUUCAGGAUUCAAAGAUCAAUCAAGAUCAUACGCAUUCAAUGGUCCGAUUACUAAAGAUGGAGAGACAAAGAGGAAGAAGAGGAUUGCAGAGUAUAACAUGUUCACCACCGGAAGUAAGUUGAAAUCAACGGUCAGAGAUAGCUUCAAAUGGAUCAAGAACAAGUUCACAGAUGUUCGUUAUGGUAUCUGAAUUUCUUCAUCAUCCCUUGUAAAUCUUACUUUCUUGUGUGUGUGUGUGUGUGUGUGUUUUGUAUCAGAUUCCAUGAAAUUGUUGUUUGGUAUUAAACCGUGUCUUAUUUAACGAACAUCGUUUAUUAAUCCAGUUGGAAUCUAUAUAGUAUCGGUUAUGUACUCUCUAGUCUCCGCUAAUUAAUCAGAGAUAUGUAUAUUUUCUUAUUUACUGUUUUCUUUUAAAUAAAAUCGUAAAUUUCUUUCUACA